CCACAUCGACCCGGUAGAGAAUGUCAAGGCGGUGUCGGAGGGGUCACGUUGAACAUGGCGUGGAGGGGUUGUUUAUUAAAAUGGGCUAAAGAGGACCUAAUUUGCUGUACUACGCGGUAUAACAGGUUCAACCUCUACACACAGCAGAGAUGCGGCUUCCGGAAAGCUGCCAAGAAGGCGGAGCCCAAGAGGAGCUCCAUGGAGGACGUGGGCCCCACGCACACAGAGGCAGCCGAGAGCCUCGCCCCUAAACGGGCCGCAGCGCCACCUCCGCCUCCCGCACGCUCCAACCCAUACAUGCCCCCUCGCGAAUUUGGCCGUUUGGUCAAGCCUCUCGUCUUUACUGUCGGGUUUACAGGCUGCUCCUUUGGCACGGCGGCCAUAUGGCAGUACGAGUCGCUCAAGUCCCGCGUGCAGAGCUACUUUGACGAAGUACGAGCCGAUUGGCUGGAGAAGAUCCGGCCACAGAAACAAGGCGACCUCCGUAAACAGAUGAAUCAGUGGUGGAACAGCUUAAGUGAGGGCCAGCGCACUGUCACAGGUAUUAUCGCCCUCAACGCGCUGGUCUUCUGCUGCUGGAGAGUGCCAUCCUUGCAGCGGUCUAUGGUGACCUACUUCACGUCCAACCCCGCCUCCAAGGUCCUGUGUCUGCCCAUGGUGUUGUCCACCUUCAGCCACUACUCUCUGUUCCACUUGGCUGCCAACAUGUAUGUCCUCUGGAGCUUCUCCACCAGUAUCGUCUCCAUGCUGGGCAAGGAGCAGUUCCUGGCAGUCUACAUGUCCGCAGGCGCCGUCUCGACAAUGAUGAGCUAUGUGUGUAAGACGGCUUCUGGGCGCCUGGGCCCCUCACUUGGAGCGUCUGGGGCCAUCAUGACUGUCCUGGCGGCCGUCUGCACCAAGAUGCCGGAAGCCAAGCUGGCCAUCAUCUUCCUGCCCAUGUACACCUUCACAGCAGGCAAUGCAUUAAAAGCUAUUGUAGCCAUGGAUACAGCGGGCCUGGUGCUGGGAUGGAGGCUGUUUGACCAUGCGGCCCAUCUGGGAGGGGCUCUGUUUGGCAUAUGGUACGUGAUGUACGGCCAUGAGCUGAUCUGGAAGAACCGGGAGCCUCUGGUGAAACUGUGGCACGACUUCCGGACCGGCGGUCCAGGAGGACGAGGAGGAGGCGGCGGCGGGGGAAAUGGGUCACUGUAGAGCCCUUCUGUGGUGCUACUGGGUCUGGAUCUAAGUCCCAGCUCUACAGACCCCAACAGACAUGUGCACUGGAGGAGAUGUGAGAGUUGUCCCAUACAGGACGGAGAAAAAAAACGGAACUCUUUUGUUUUUUGUUUUCUUGAAUCACAUGUAAAAAGCAUUUGUCUCGUAUACACAAACACAUAGAGUACAGAGAAAUAUGCUUACACAGAGGGCUGUCUCCUCCCCUUGUGUCCAUGUUGCCCCUAUAAAUAAUAUUGAUUUAUGUUCUUGCUCACUCAAGAAUCCCCCAGAUUGAAGGUCUAUAGAUUAUUUACGCAUUCAUAUCGAAUUGAUAAAGGCCGACAAUAUAUACUCUGAGGAACAAUAUGAGCAGCACAUUCCCCAUCAACGGGGGCUAACUGUUUAAAAGAAGGAAUCCUUGUUUUGAAGGCACCAUUAUAAUGCCACGGGGGUAUUCCAAUAACAUGAUCAAGUGAUAAGUCUGGCUAAGUUAACCCACAGGAAGUGGUAAACCUGCUUGCAAGUAGACUAAAGGCAUCAUUUAGUUCAGAAAAUUAGGAUUCUAGACUUCUUUUAGAUGACUUACCACUACCUCAAGGUUAACUGAACUUAAAUGGUUUAUUACUUAAUCAGCCACUCUUGCCUCUUUUCCACUGCCGGUUUUCUGGUAGACCUACAGCUCGACACAGCGCGACUCAGACGCCACUUUUUGCUUUGCGAUUGAGCUGUGUUGUGCCUAUUGGAAAGGCAAAAAGUGGCAGCCGAGUCGCACUUUCUCCAGCUGUAGGCCUACCAGAAAAUGGGCAGUGGAAAAGAGGCAUCGGAUACGCCUCGUGAUACUUUCUCAGUGUAAAUAGAAGGCCUGGACUUCAAUGGCAGGCCAAAUUUUGCAUACAGGAACAUGGCCUAGUAUCCGGACUGUGUGGCGCACAGGGAGAGAGGACUGAGGGGUGGUGUGUCAAGCUCAUUGCAUUCUCUUCUGAAUCAUGCAUGUGGACCUUCAUGUGUUAAUUAUCUACCUAUGACAUCUGAAUGACGACGACAACAUCUCCGUGCCCUGAUACGCACACGUACAGUACCUGCCUUGCCUGCUGGGGAAAAAAGUAAUGAACAUUUUACAUGUACAGGAGUGCAAGCGUUUUGUAGUCAGUGUCUUCUUGAUUUUUUUGUUUGUUUUUGAACUUAAAUAAAUGUAUAUUUAAAAACGUG